AUGGCCAGCGUCGUCGCUGCUAUGAUCUGCAUUCUGCUGGCGGCCUCGGUGCCGCCGUCGUCGUCGAUUCCGGCGGUGUACAGCGUCGGCGACGUGAGGGGGUGGGCGCUCCCGUCGGGCAACGGCACCGAGACGUACAACCACUGGGCCAAGAAGAACCGCUUCCAAGUAGGCGACGUCCUGGAUUUCAAGUACGCGAGCGACUCGGUGUUCGUGGUGAACCACGACGACUACAAGAUGUGCAGCACGACGACCCCCGUGAGCCGGUUCACGGACGGCGACACCAAGUUCACGUUCGACCGUCCCGGCUUCUUCUACUUCGUCAGCGGCGUGCCGGGGCACUGCGAGGCGGGCCAGCGGAUGAUCGUGCGCGUCGUGGCGCACUCCGCGCUGGCCGCCGCUCCGGCGUCUCCGGCGUCUCCGCCCUCCGCCGGCUUCGGCAGCGCCUCCAGCCCAGUCGUCUCGGCUCCGGCAUCUCCGGGGUACGGGUCCAGCGCCGGCGGGUCCACGCCCACCAGUUUCGGCCCGAGUCCGCUGGCCGAGCCCAGUGGUGCAUCUAGCCGCGCCCUCGCAGCUGGCUUCUCGCUUGUAACCUGUCUGCUUGCCGGUGUCAUCGCCAUGAUCGCGUUCGCGUGA